UAGGUCUCCAGCUAGGAUUCAUAUCUAUAAAACGAUUCUUCAGAUUCUCAAAACAACCGACAGAAUCGCAGUAAAAUUGCAAAUAAAUACGCAGUUUGUUUGAUUUUUACUCUUAUAUUGUUUCAGUGAAAUUUAUUUUUGUGAACAAAGGCAGUGGUAUGAAAUGAAUAAAUAGAAACAUUUUGAGUUAUUAUAACUGUUCGCAGAAUAAUGGAAAUCUCAAACGUCGUAAGAUCACUUAGCUUCUUGCUAGCUCUAUGUUGGUACAUACCCAGUAUUUAUGCUUCAAGAGAAGCAGAAAUUGAAAAAAUUCAUAAAGAGAUUUUCAAAUCCAAGUACACAAGUACGAUCCGUCCUCCAGGAACAAAUGGAAAUGAUUAUGUUACAAUCACGACAAAUAUGUUUAUAUUGGACAUUAGUUCAAUAGACGACUAUGAAAUGCAAUAUACAAUACAAUUAUAUUUGCGACAAAAAUGGGUCGAUGAAAGACUACAAUUUAAACAUUUAUCAGAGAAUAUUUCACAUAUUUCGAUAAAUGAUGUCAAUGUAAUGUGGACUCCCGAUUUGUUUUUUGUCAAUGAAAUUGAUGGCAAUCACCAUCAGACGAUGAAAACAAACCAGUUUGCGAGAAUACAAGCUAAUGGUUCUGUCCUUUACAGUGUAAAGCUGACGCUGAUUCUCUCUUGCCCGAUGAAGUUUCAACUCUAUCCAUUUGACCAUCAAAAAUGUCCUCUAAGAAUUGAAAGUUAUGGAUGGAGUAAAAAAGAUUUGUUGUUGAAGUUUGAUGAAACCCAGGCUAUACAGUUAAACCCAAAGCUCCGAGUGCAAGAAUUUGAUUUAUACAAAGUGAUACCAAGUACAGAAGAAGUUAGCUUGAGCACAGGAACAUUCAUUGUCCUGGAAGUAGGGUUUUUCCUAUUGAGAAGAAUUAAUUACUUUUUCUUUCAUUUGUACAUUCCUACUUCCAUGCUUGUUUUUACCUCUUGGACUAGUUUUUGGUUCGGGCCAAACCAAGUAGUAGCAAGGACUAUAAUAGGGAUGUCGACGUUCUUCAUCACUAUAAAUCUGAUAACAUCUUUCAAUGUUGGCCUUCCUAAAGUUUCGUACAUAAGAGCAAUAGACGUAUGGUCUGGAACAUGUUUAAUAUUUGUUUUUAUCGCGUUUAUGGAAUUUUUUUAUGUUAGCUAUACAUAUUCAAAACAUUCUCAAACCACCAAUAAAAGCAGUUCGGAUGAUGAUAAUGCGCUGGAAACCAAAGAUAAAUCAAGAUCUGACAACUCUAAAUCGAGAAUACCUUUGCAGAAAUGGUUGGAAAAAGUAUCUGAUGUCAACUCUGUAGACAAACUUUCAAGAUCAGUUUUCCCCUUGGCAUUUGUAUUAUUUAUUGUCGUGUAUUUUUCAAUCUAUCUGAGCAUCAAGUAAUUUUUACCAUAUGACUAAGAAUUUCCAGAAAAAAAUAGUUCUUGUUUAUAUUUAUUUCCGAUAUAGUUGAUUGAAAUACAAUAUUUUCUAAGUUUUAAAAUUAUCUUAGCAGUAGUAUUAAAAAAAAUAACAUUUCUAGAUCCAGUUAAAAUAAUUAAAAUUAACACAAGACAAUUGGUGUAUAUAUUAUGAUUCAUUUUUAUUCUGCCUUACUAUGCAAAUACUAUUUCAUACCAUAAAUUCUAUUAAAAUAAAAAAAAAAUUGUAACUAGUACUAAUAAAAAUAAAAGAAGCUUUUGCUUGUAAACAAAUAAAAAUAAUACAUAAUCGGUGUUGCAAUGCUAUUACUCUUUUAUUGUUGCAGCAAUAAAUUUGUCGAUUAUGAUUUUUAUUAAGUAGUCAUUCUUUCAAAUGCUUUGUUGUAAUUUUUUGCAGUUGAAGGAAAAAGUUUUUAUAUGACUUAAUA